UUUGAACUCAAAAUUUUUCGGAUUGUCCCCAAAGUUAUUUCCUUUUCCUGCUCUUGACGCGGAAGUUAUAAACCCUCACGUUUCAUCCUUAAACCCUAAGCCUAAGUCCAAGAAACGGAGAAGCUUUCUCUGGUUGGUAAUGGCGGAUCUGAUGAACCCUAGCACCGGCGGGCAACAACAACAGAAGUACCGUCAGUACAAUCCGUACCACGAACAAAUCAAUCUUCCGUACCGUCAGAUCUACGAACUCCCAACUUCGCCUGAGUUUCUCUUCGAAGAAGAAGCUACAAAAAAACGCUUAACAUGGGGUGAGAACCUCACGUUCUUCACCGGGUGUGGUUAUGUCACCGGAUCGGUUCUCGGAGCCGCCAAAGGUGCAAUUGAUGGGAUCCGAGGCGCCGAAAGGGGCGAAUCCCUAAAGAUCCGAGCUAAUCGUAUUCUGAACUCCGGUGGACUCGUUGGAAGACGCGGCGGGAAUUGCUUAGGAUCUCUAGGGUUGAUAUUCGCAGCUAUGGAGAGCGGUGUUACGCAUCUGAGAGACGGAGACGACGGUUCGUUGACUACUGUGAUCGCUGGUUUAGCCACUGGUGUCUUGUACAGAGCUGCCCGUGGGCCUAGAUCCGCUGUGGUUGCCGGAGUUGUCGGCGGAGUAACGGCUUUUGCGGCGGUUGCUGGGAGAAGCACCGUCAAGCGAUUCGUACCAAUCUGAUGAUUUGCCUCAAUCUCUCAAAGGUUAGGGUUUAAGAAUUAGUUUAAUGAAGAGGCUUUUUAGGCAUUUAUUAAGUGAGUGAAUCAUUGCUACUCUAUUUAGGGUUUAUGAAUUAUUAUCCUCUGUAUAAAAAAAAAGUUGACAUUUUUA